AUGCCGUCGGAAAAGGAUCGUCUCUACAUCGCCUUGUACGCCCGGGGAGGCGCGCCAACCAUGGCUGGACUCGAGGAUACGUACCAUUGGGCCUUCAUCGUAGGGCCGAAAACAGAGUCGAGCAACAGUCGAGGUAGUCGCUUCCACGCCAAAGAAGGGCUGGUAUUUGCAGGCGAUCCGCCGACGGCGCAAGCCUCGGCCGACUUCGAGCGCACGCCGCUUCGGCCAGACCAGGAGGGUUGGAACUGCGUCGGGUGGAUCAAGGAAGCUUUGCAAGCCGCCAUUGGCGACGGGAGAGCCUUGGGGACAUGCGCCCGCGAUUGGGAGUCUGUGCGCGACACGGUCAUGUGGUAUGUCGAGGCCAAGAAGGCUGCCCAUCGGUUUGAUGGGACUGUCCCGUAUGAUCCUACCAAGGCAGCGACAUGGGAUAUGCUCGAGAGUGCUGAGCUGGCACCAUGA